AUGAUGGCCGACACCCAAAACUCUGGUACCUCCACGAUGGAGGAACCAACGCAGCCGCGCCCUAUACCUCCUCCGCGCUCAUCUCUCCGUAUCCCUCCGCCCUCGCAGCCUCUUCAUUCGAGCUCUGUGAACCGAAUUCGGAAUUCACACCUCAAUCUCGAAAGCUUCUCGCCCGUCAACCAAAACGGCAGUUACGAGUUCGAUCGUGUUCUGAAGAGUGGAUACGUGCAAAAGCGGACGAGGAAGACCAAGGCUUGGAAGUCCAUAUACCUCGUUCUGCGACCCAAUUACCUCUCCAUAUACCGAGACCAGAAAGAGGACAAGCUGCGACAUAAGAUACACCUCUCCGACCUGACUGCAGUGGCCUUCCUCAAAGACCCCAAGCAGAAGCGCGAAAAUGUCUUUGGACUCUUCUCGCCCUCUAGAAAUUAUCACCUGGAAGCCACGUCAAGAAAGGAUGCUCAGGAGUGGGUUGAUCUCAUUAGGACAGAAGCUCGUAUUGAAGAGGAAGAGGAAGAGAUGAUGCUCCAAAGCCCCGUCGGAUACGCAACAGGUACAUACAGCGGAUUUGAGCGCAACAUGCAACAACAGCAUGAGCAGCGUCUCCACGAAGAGCGUCUAGGCUCCUCCUCCCCCGAGCCUAGCGAUGCCAUAACUCGUACCAAUACCUUCGGCCCCUCCUCCUACCGCAGACCGUCACAUACAAUGGAGUAUUCAGGAAACGAGAUAUCAGACUUUUCUGACGUGGACAUACCACGUGCAUGCGGCGAGGCUUCCGUCUCCGUCUCUGAAGAUGCGCUGGCUGUGAAACCUCCACAGACGAGACCAAUGCUCGACGCCCGCAACCCCAGUCAGCUCAGCGGAUUCAACGUCGAGCAGGAGCCAGAGCGGGUGGUUUGGCAGGGCUACCUCCUCUACCUCAAAUCCGUCCGUGGCGUGCGUCAGUGGAAAGACUACUGGAUCGUGGUCCGGCCCAGAAUGAUCACUAUGUACAAGAGCGAUGCCGAGUACUCUCCCAUCCUGAUCAUAGAUUUGGUGAAUGUGAUCAACGCGGUGGAAAUCGACCCGCUGAGUAAGACGAAGGUACACUGUUUGCAAGUCAUUACCGAGGAGAAGAGCUACAAGUUUUGUGCACGGAAUGAGGAGACGUUGGAUUCUAGCCUGGGGGCGCUGAAGAGCUUGCUGGCGCGGAGGAAGGAGGGGGAGGGCAAGAGAGUGCGGUAG